CAAAGCCAAAUCGUCAAGAACACAUCGCCCAUUGUCACCGCAACACCCACGCGCCUGCUCUUAUUCUUCCUCUCCACCAGGAACCCGAUCACUGCGAUACUGCGCGACUGCGAAUUUUACCUUCUUUUGGCCCGCCUACCGCGUCACCAGCCAUGUUGUCCUCAUUAGGGAACCCGAGGCAAGCGGCCACGCAGCUGCUCAACUUUGCCCUGAUUCUGUCGACAGCAUUCAUGAUGUGGAAGGGCCUCUCUGUCGCGACAGACUCCCCUUCGCCAAUCGUCGUGGUCCUCUCGGGGUCCAUGGAGCCUGCUUUCCAGCGUGGUGAUUUACUCUUCCUCUGGAACAGGAAUAUAGUUCAAGAGACGGACGUGGGCGAGAUUGUGGUCUACAACGUCAAGGGCAAGGACAUACCGAUUGUGCACAGGAUCGUGAGGAAGUUUGGCGCAGGCCCCAAAGCCAAGCUCCUCACCAAGGGCGACAACAACGCGGCAGACGACACGGAGCUGUACGCCAAGGACCAGGACUACCUCGAGAGGAAAGACAUCAUUGGCAGCGUCGUGGCGUACAUACCGUUUGUCGGCUACGUUACCAUCAUGCUUUCGGAGCACCCUUGGAUGAAGACUGCGAUGCUGGGAAUCAUGGGACUUAUGGUGGUGCUACAGCGCGAAUAGGUGUGGCCUGGGGAGAAAGUUACUUUUUUUGGGCUUCUUCGGAGGCCUUUUUUUCGUAUCGUCUUGGUAUGAAAGUUUUCCAGCUUAGCAAACAUAAGAGAAAAAUUGCCCGAAAUGGGAAAUUGUCGCCUUAUUGCCUCGCUGCAGAUUCGCG